AAAAUAAAUUCAGUGUUUACCACUACACUAAGAAUGAAAAGCUUGGGACAGUUAUGAGCGUCAAGUGAUUAUGGGUACCGAUUGUUUAUUGUACAAGUUCAAGCCUUCUGAUGAGUUUAAACUUCUUACUGGUGUAACAAAACGAUUGACGAGCAUGUUGAUAGCUAUGGGACCUUCGAUACUUUAUCGUCUUAGGCAUAAUUCAAUAUAUUGGAAAGAGGCUGCGGAUGAAAAUGUGAGAGGUACAAUGAUGAAAAGUUUACGAGCAAAUAUCAACAAUAAAUUGAAUAUCACUUGUUAUUACAAAUCUAACUUGGACCAAGAAUCAGGCCUACAAGCACCGAGUCGAAUUACGUUCAGUGGAAGUGACCCAUCAUCUGUAUUGUUUUUAACGAAAGAAAAUUUAAUUUUGGACAUUUUCUCUCAAGGCAUGGACUCGACUAAAGAUUUAUCCAGAACUGUUAAGCCACUUCCAGGAGUCGGCUGUUCAGCUUUCUAUGGAAAUAGCGUACCAACUCCAACAAUGAACUCCCACCUUGUCCACCUGAUACUUUCGGAAACAAUUACAAGCUCAACUACCACAAAAACUGUUAGCGAGAUAUAUGCCAAUGAUAGACUCAAAUUGGUGCGUAUACAGAAACCUAAUAGCAAAUCGGAAGCUCUUUAUGACUACUCACUUGGUCUAGUUUACCAAUUUCAAGAGGGCGAGUCCUGUAAAGUUUCACCGGUUAAAAGAGGAUCAAUAGGUCUUAGUCAAGAGACUGGUCAGUUUCACUUGACAAGAUUAUUUCUUCUAGAUGGAAAUUACAAGUAUUUGGGUAAAAUGUAUCUUGAAAAUCGGCCUGAGUUUGCGGCGAAAGUUUGGGAAUCAAUUUCUUAUAAUUCAACUGUUAAUUCUGAUAAAUACGAUAAAGUUGUCACUACCCAAUACUUCACUGAAACCGUUGACAAUUAUGGUUUCGAUGGGCACCUGAGUAGUUAAUAAAAGCCCUGUUCUGGGACAACCGUCCGCUCUGGGACAAACUGUCCG